AUGACCCAACAUUUUGUGGAAGACUAUAAAAGAAGUUCUAAAAAUGUGGCAUCUACAGACAAUCAGAAGCCCCCUGCUGAUAACGAAGUAAGAAUAAGUUAUAGCAAAAUCCCUACUUAUGUCGACGUCAGUAUCAAGUUGCUGCAGGAGGAUAAAAAACCUCAUAUUAUCCUGGUAGGCCAAGGUCAAAAUGUGAAUAAAACGGUCACCGUUGUUGAAAUAGUGAAGAGAAAGAUGCAAGGCACUUUGCAUCAAUAUACCCAAAUUGGAAGUGUGUCUGUUGUUGAACAAUGGGAUCCUGUUAAAGAUAAAGAUUUAGAUAGUGUGGAAAUCAACAAAAAGGUACCAGUCAUCAUCGUCUAUUUAUCGUUUGAAGAAAUGCCUGAAUUGGACACUACCUCUGGUCAUCAAUCACCCACUGGUCCAGAUAUCUAUGAAUAG